AAGCAGGGAUGUUUAGUUCAAGAGUGGAUCCAGUUGAAAGAAGAUGCUGAUUCACCUGCUGUCCAUUUCAAGCAGUAAAGUCUAAAAGAAGGGCACAUUGUUUCUUGGUGAUUCUGAUCAGCAUUUUGGGGGGGAUUCAUUUAAUCUGCAAAGGGAAAUGGCGACAUCCCAGUGCUUAUUUAUUGCUGUGAGUUUUCUUCUCUUUGUCGUGUCUUUCAGCUGCCCUGAAGACUGUGAAUGCUCUCUGACUAGAGCCUCUUGUGUCAUGAAAAGUGGAAAGACAGACACAAAAUUACUUGCAGCCUUGCCAGCAAAUUUAUCAGUAUUGUCAGUGAUUACAUUGAUGACCAACAUAAAAGCAAACAGCUUUGCAAAUCUAACACUUUUGAGGCAACUUAUAUUUAUUGGAGAUCACAUAUCGAGUGUUUCCUUCGGAGCCUUUAACCAUCUAGAUAACCUUAGUGCCCUCAUGUUGGAUAAAACUUUAUUGGAAGUUCUGCCAGCUGGAGUCUUUGACAAACUAGUUCAUCUUCGACAACUUUAUUUCACCAAUAACAAGCUAAGAAAAAUUGAUAAAGGAUUGCUCGAUAACCUUAUCGAGCUGGAAGAACUCUAUUUGUACGGAAACAUGUUACAAACACUUCCAGUGGGCGUGUUUGACAGUCUGGUGAAUCUUAAGAAGCUUCAUUUAGGGAGGAAUUUACUCAGCGUUCUUCCUGCAACGAUAUUUGACAAGCUUGCAAACCUGCAAAUUCUUAGGAUGUAUCAAAACAGACUCACUGGCAUUCCCUCGGGUUGCUUUGAUCAAUUGACAAAACUCACUGAGCUGUCUCUCCAUGUUAAUUACAUCACUCACCUCCCCAGUGACUCCUUUAUUCAACUCCAGAGCCUGGUAAUGUUAAUGCUAUCCAACAAUAAACUCAUUGCAUUGCCACCCAGGAUCUUUCAUCAUCUGCCCAACCUCAGUAAGUUAUCUCUCUUCGAAAACCAACUCUCGCUUCUUCCAGUGAGCACUUUUGGCAAAAUGGAUAAGCUGAAGGAACUGUGGCUAUAUGACAACCACCUGACCAGUCUUGCUGAUGACUUGUUCAUCAAUGUUACGCAUUUAACUGUAUUGACUUUAUCCUACAAUAAAAUCAGCAGCAUCUCGCGCAACGCCUUCAGGGGUCUGGACAAACUUCACAAACUUUCCCUCCAGCAAAACCAUCUUUCUAUAUUAAGCGAGAACUUGUUCAGCUACCUGGGACAACUGCGAUACCUCUCGCUCAGUUUCAACCAAAUUCAAUCCCUUCCCAGAGAUAUUGUUAAGGGGUUGCACAAUCUGACAGUUCUCAAACUGGAAAUGAAUUUAUUACAAAAUGUCCCAGAGGGAUUGCUGGAUAGCUUGGCACAUGUUCAGCAAGUCCAUUUGCACAACAAUCCUUGGAAGUGUGACUGUGCCAUUUCUUAUCUGAAACAAUGGAUGUCAAGCCACUCCAAAGUGAUAAUCAACAGCACCCAAGUAACAUGUAGUUACCCAACCUCAUUGCUCGGCCGGUCUGUCGCAACCUUGCCUGAUAAUGUGCUAGCAACCUGUAACACAACCAGCCCAGUUACAGAAACAAGAGCACUCCUUCUUAACUCCUGCCCACCGAUGGAUGCCUGCACCUCGCCAAUGGAGACUUCUCAUCAAGCAGCCAACAGUGCCUCAGAAGAGCAUGGAGUUGAGUCCACAGCUGUCACAAACCCAUCACAAGAGUGGAAGGCAACCGGUGCCUCCGUUCAGAGUUCCACAGGUCGUGUCCUCCUCACCAGUCAGGGCAGCUAUGAAGAGAUUGUGAGCCACACAAUAGGCUUCGGAGCCAACACCACACCAGCUACUGUUUUUCAUCAGAGUCAAAUAUCCACAAAUGCCAAUGGAAUUCAGGGGCUUCCAAAUAUCCCCUGUGAUACGAUUCUGAUCUCCACCAUCUUCUUGGUUAUAUUACAGUGUUGUCUGAUUAUUAUAGCUUUGUAUAUUCUGUUUGUUAUCAGAAGGCGUUUGCUUCAUCGGCACAGAAUCGCUCAAGCUGGAGAUAAAUUCGGAACAAACCUGCGAGAAAAACUGCAGAUUCCUGUUCACAGGGCGCGGGUUUUCCUCAGUGUCUCCCUGCUAGGUACAAUGAAAUCGCAAUCCUAUAUGUUCUUGGUAUUAAGUCUUCAAAUCCAUCUCUUCGUCUCUGCCUGCCCUGAUGGAUGUCACUGUUACAAUUUGCCCAAUUUUGUGAUAUGCAAUGGGAAAACCCUAACAGAAAUACCAACGUCCAUACCCCCACAUAUUCAAAUCCUACAGGUGAUACACACCCAAAUGGAAGUGGUCAGAGCCAACGCCUUCUUGAAUCUCUCAUCACUGGUCACCCUCAUAAUCCACCAAACCCAGAUCUCUCACAUUGACUUGGGGGCGUUUAACAACUUGGACCAUCUGACCAGGUUGAGUCUGGAGGGCAACAGGUUGGAGCGUCUGCCUGCGGGACUGUUUGAUGGCUUACACAGUCUUCAAAUCCUCGUGUUGCAGAGUAACAGGUUGACCAGUGUGGAGCCAGACUUGUUCAACCAACUGGUUAGCCUCAAAGACCUACAGCUCCACCACAACAGAUUGACCACAAUCGCUGACGGUACAUUUGACCAUCUCACGCAGCUGGUAAAGCUUAAUUUAGGCAAGAACAAGAUCACCAAUCUGCCCUUGAAGGUCUUUGACAAACUGGGACAACUUCAACAGCUAUGGCUCUAUGAAAACCAGCUUGGUGCCAUUGCUGCCAGGAGCCUUGCCAACCUCAACAGCUUAGUAGAACUAGGGCUCAACAGUAACAGCAUCCAGCACCUUGCGGCCAAUGUCUUCUCGGCUCUACCUCAUUUGAAGACAUUGACCUUAUCUGGUAACUUGUUGUCAACAUUGCCACAGGGACUUUUACUGGAUCUGCCCAAACUCUCACAACUGACCCUCUAUGAAAACCAUCUGUCGCGGCUAAUGCCGGGCACUUUUGGUGCCAUGCCCGAACUCCGAGAGCUUUGGUUAUACCAAAACCAACUCGUAAUUCUAGAAGACAAUGUAUUCAGCAACUUAUCCUCUUUACGCGUUCUCAUUUUGAGCCACAAUCAGAUUUCCUCCAUCCAAAAAGGAGCCUUUAGCGGUUUAGAUGAACUCACAGACCUCUUCCUCCACACAAAUAAUAUCAGCAAAUUAGGUUGGGACGUGUUUAGCAACCUUGGACAAUUGCGGAACAUCUCACUCCACAACAACCGGCUCCAGUCACUUUCCCCGCGGGUUUUUAACAACCUGCAGAACUUGAGAAAGAUUCAGCUUCACAACAACUCGCUGCAGCAAGUUCCAAGUGCUCUGUUUCACCUCUUACCUGGUCUGACCGAGGUCAGUCUACAUCUAAAUGUCUGGUUGUGUGACUGUGGCAUCCUAGGGCUGCAGGACUGGUUAAAAAAUCACCCUGAUAAAGCGUUGGCGCCAAAUCGCGUUACUUGUCAUAAUCCCCCUGCUCUCCAAGGCAGACCAAUUCUAACUCUGGUUGAUGAAUCCCUUGCCUGUGAUGCUCAGUCUGCUCCUCCAGUGAACUACACCACAGGACUAAUACCGCUCCAGCUGAACACUGAAGGAGAAAGACGGGACCAUUAUAUUCUCACUGCAGCUCGGAGUGAAAGAACAAAUGCAGUGAAUGGUGAAGGAACUCAGAACAUUGCCCAUCAGACGCUCGAUCCCUUUAACACAGGGAUUCUGAUCAUUCUUCUUCUACUUGUCUGUGUUAUUGUAAUUGUCACAUCAAGAAAUUGGGUGAAACCUCACACUGAGAGAAGGGAUCCUAUAAUGCUGCUUCGACUCUCGCCAAUAAAUGAUGCCCUUCCACACAGCCCAGUCCUUCAUAUCAAAAGUCUCGGCGCUUCAGAACAUUGCUCUUUAUUUAGUGACAUGGCUCCCGUGCACCACCUGACUCUGUCGUUGGUUAUACUGUUGGCCUUUGACAUCGUCAUUGCUGCCCAAACAUGUGUAUUCAGUGAGGAAAAGUUGACGUGCAACCACCGAGAUAUUAAAGAAAUUCCAGAGUUCAUCGCUCCCAAUGUCACUGAGUUCAUUGCUAUUGGAACAGGAAUCUCUAUCAUGAGAGAUGGGGCUUUCAAAAACUACCCUGAAUCGCUGAAGAAGAUGAUUUUCAUGACUAGUGAACUAAAUACAAUAGAACCCGGUGCCCUACAUACACUCACCCACCUGACAGAUCUUGAGAUCUCAGGGAAUCGAUUGGAAACAUUAAGUCUGGGUACUUUUGAUCGUCUCUUGCAAUUGAAAAUCCUUUACCUGGACACCAACCGGCUUGGUAGUCUCAAGAAAGGGCUAUUUGACCCACUCAUCAAUUUGGAAGUACUGCGGUUGUUUUACAAUCAGAUAGAGGCUCUUCCCGAUGGGAUAUUCGACAAACUCAGGAAACUUCAAAUGCUGCACUUGGCAGGAAAUCGGAUCAAGUAUCUUUCUCGGGGGAUAUUUCAAAACCUCUUGGAGCUGACACUCCUGAAACUGGACGAAAAUCAAAUCAUCGAUCUUCCCGAGGAUAUCUUUGACAACCUUACCAAUCUAACCACUCUGUCUUUGGGGAAAAAUGAAAUCAAGCGCCUCCCACCUAAACUGUUUUCCAAACUUCUGAAGUUAAAGAAACUUUCCCUGGAGGGCAACUUAAUUACUGAGCUCCCGUUUGGAAUAUUCCACAAUUUGACCCAAAUCAGCCAUUUGAAACUCGAAGACAACCAACUCUUGCGACUGCCUGUGAACGUAUUUGGGCUGAUGCCAAAAGUUACCGAUCUUUCACUGAGGAAAAACAACCUCUCCACCGUUCCUGAUUAUGUCUUCAGCAGCCUGCCAGGUUUGAGUAAACUCUCGCUGACUAAAAACCAAAUUACUGUUCUCCCAAGGCAUGCCUUCAGUGGCCUCCCAAAGCUGACAACUCUUGACUUAGCAGACAAUCGACUGUCUUCCUUAGACAGAGACAUCUUUGAAAAUUUAACCAAGCUGAGAAGAAUGAAUCUUUCCAAGAACCAGUUGCGUAAUGUACCCGCUGGGGCAUUUGAAUCUCUCCGCUCUCUGGCACCCUCAGGGCUUAAUCUUCUGGACAACCCCUGGCAUUGCGACUGUCGAUUGAAGCCCCUCAAAAAUUGGAUUUUGAAUAAUUUCAAAAAGGUGAAAACGUACAGGAAUAUUUCCUGCCAUAGUCCCAGCCAUUUGUCUGGGCAGAACAUUUUCUUUUUAGGAGACGACGCAUUCAUAUGUUUGACAACUCCAGAUGUUUCUACUGCAUCGACCACACUGGUGACUACUCCUGUUACCACAUACACAACAGAGGUAACUACUGAACAGACAACAACUCCAGAUGUUUCUACUACACUGACCACUCUGUUGUCUACUCCUGUUACCACAUACACAGCAGAGGUAACUACUGAACAGACAACAACUCCAGAUGUUUCUACUACAUUGACCACUCUGUUGUCUACUCCUGUUACCACAUACAUAACAGAGGUAACUACUGAACAGACAACAACUCCAGAUGUUUCUACUACAUUGACCACUCUGUUGUCUACUCCUGUUACCACAUACAUAACAGAGGUAACUACUGAACAGACAACAACUCCAGAUGUCUCAACUACUAUGUGGACCUCCUUGGUAUCUACUCCUGUUACAACAUACACAACAGAGGUAACUACUGAACAGACAACUCCAGAUGUUUCUACUGCAUCGACCACACUGGUGACUACUCCUGUUACCACAUACACAACAGAGGUAACUACUGAACAGACAACAACUCCAGAUGUUUCUACUACACUGACCACUCUGUUGUCUACUCCUGUUACCACAUACACAGCAGAGGUAACUACUGAACAGACAACAACUACAGAUGUUUCUACUGCAUUGACCACUCUGUUGUCUACUCCUGUUACCACAUACAUAACAGAGGUAACUACUGAACAGACAACAACUCCAGAUGUCUCAACUACUAUGUGGACCUCCUUGGCCUCCUUGGUAUCUACUCCUGUUACAACAUACACAACAGAGGCAACUACUGAACAAACCACAACUCCAGAUGUUUCUACUGCAUCGACCACACUGGUGACUACUCCUGUUACCACAUACACAACAGAGGUAACUACUGAACAUUCAACAACUCCAGAUGUUUCUACUGCAUUGACCACACUGGUGACUACUCCUGUUACCACAUACACAACAGAGGUAACUACUGAACAGACAACAACUCCAGAUGUCUCAACUACUAUGUGGACCUCCUUGGCCUCCUUGGUAUCUACUCCUGUUACAACAUACACAACAGAGGCAACUACUGAACAAACCACAACUCCAGAUGUUUCUACUGCAUCGACCACACUGGUGACUACUGUUACCACAUACACAGCAGAGGUAACUACUGAACAGACAACAACUCCAGAUGUUUCUACUACAUUGACCACUCUGUUGUCUACUCCUGUUACCACAUACAUAACAGAGGUAACUACUGAACAGACAACAACUCCAGAUGUCUCAACUACUAUGUGGACCUCCUUGGUAUCUACUCCUGUUACAACAUACACAACAGAGGCAACUACUGAACAAACCACAACUCCAGAUGUUUCUACUUCUGCUACGGAGAUAUUUUAUCGUUCAACAGAAUCGGAUAUUUUUACAACGCAAUGGGCAUCGACAAUAUCGUCGACAUCACCUCUGGAAGCGCAGACGACCCUUACGUCGAUGCAGGCAAUCCCCACCUCUACUCCAGGCUUCAGCUCAAGCCUCAUAACAUCCGCUGAGCCUAACGCAUCCUUCCAAUUUCAUAAGGAAGAAAUUGCAGUGUCCCAUAAAGGGGUGUCCUGUGAGCUGUUGGCUGUGCUCCUGGUGCUGCUGUUAACAUUUCAGAUCUUCUUAACUUUCAUCCUUCUGUGGUUCGUGUUCAGCGCUUACAUUUCAGUCUACUAUGGGAACCAAAGACCACUCAUGAAGCUGAUUCGGUAUUCAAGGAUAAGAUGAAUGAUUUUGAAUUAUCGUGGGAUAUUGCACACGCUUAUUAGAGCUUCCUGUGAUGCGCAUCAAGUCGAUGUGCGGAUAGUUGGCGUCUGGAUGUCAGUAUAUUCUGUGAACAACGUAAUAAGGUGCUAUAUUUUCGCCUCAAAAGCGAGAGACCUGGGUUUGAUUCCCGGCAAGGUGAACCAUUGGGCAAUUGUCCUUACUCCAUCUGCCUCUGUUUACUUAGCAGUAAGUAGGAACC